UUUUGAAAGUAUUUUGUUUUCGUACCGAAUGGCGCUUUCGUUUCUUUCGCAAAGUUCCGGCCUCUUGGAUUUACAAAGCAUAUUUGAUCCACAAUAUUCAUUGCAACAACAACAACAACAACAACUACAUUUACCAUCACAACAACAACAACAAUCAUCACGCACAUCAGCGAAAUUUGAUUUAAGCAUUUUCAACGAUUUCGACCAAAUGGAAUUCAACAACAAUUUAAAUCGAAACCAUAAUCAAUAUCAGAAUAAUAAUAAUAAUAAUACUAAUAACCACAAUACCACCAACAACAACACCAUACAUACGCACCAGACAAACGGUGAAAAUCUUAAUCAGAUCCAAAAUCGUCAUUUUAUCAGCGGCUAUCAUCAUCAGCAUAUUGGAUCGGAUUAUGAGCAAGUAAUUAACUUUGUUGAUUCACCACCGAAUUCAGAGGAAUCUUGGACAGACGCACAGUCCAAGGAAUCACCAGGACCCCAAAUAAUCGACGUUAGGACAAUUUACUCCAACAGUGGUUCACGCAAAAGACGAAUGGAUUGGGACUCAUUAGAUAUCGGUCAAAGUGAAAAUUCGCCGACAACCCCAACUGGCGAUUUACCCCAUAAAGUGGCACAUCACGAGAAAGAUAAACACAAGCGUGAAAAGCACUCAGGUCGCAGCAGCUGGAGCGACGAAAUAGGCUUCGAUCUGAACGCAGAGUUUAAUAGCAACUCGUAUUUGAACAAUGAGAACUUUUUAUCGUUCUCCCCGAGCCUGACGGCACUGAAACAGGAGCCGCAAACGGAGCAGCUCAAGCCAAAUCCAAAGGAAAGCAGCAACUCUGCUGCCGUGGUUAAUAUUGGCAAGAUUGAUAAAUCGCCAUUGGGUGACGCCAAUCAUUCACCACGUGGAGGGCAAUCGCAGGAGCCAGCAAGUGGCAACAAGAAUGAGUUGAACCCGGGCAACAUUUGUGGCUGUGGCUCGCCGCAAGGCUCGCCCGCCGCAGCGGACUUUGAACUGAAUGGCAAUGCCAAUGGAAGUGCAGUUGACAAAGGCAAAUCUGCAGCUGGCAAUGAGGCCUAUGCACAGGCGACACGCUCUGGAUUGCAGCAACAACUGAGCGUUGUCGAGGAGGCCAAAAUAGAGCCGAGCUCAUCUGGCGGUGCAGCCCAUGCUGAGGAUCACAAAUUUCAGUACAUUUUGGCAGCGGCCACCUCAAUUGCGACUAAGAACAAUGAGGAGACUUUGACCUAUCUGAAUCAGGGUCAAAGCUAUGAGAUCAAAUUGAAGAAAAUUGGAGAUUUAUCUUUCUAUCGUGAUAAGAUUUUGAAGAGCGUUAUCAAAAUCUGUUUCCAUGAGCGUCGAUUGCAGUUUAUGGAACGGGAGCAGAUGCAACAAUGGCAAGCAUCGCGUCCUGGCGAUCGCAUCAUUGAAGUGGAUGUGCCACUUUCGUACGGUUUGUGCCACGUGUCGCAGCCAUUGAGUUCGAGUUCAUCGAAUACUGUGGAAAUAUUUUGGGAUCCAUUGAAGGAGGUCGGUGUUUACAUCAAGGUCAAUUGCAUAUCAACUGAAUUUACACCAAAGAAGCACGGCGGCGAAAAGGGUGUACCAUUUCGACUACAAAUUGAAACUUAUAUAGAAAAUGCAUCAACAACAGCUAACAGUGGCAACAACAGCAGCUCGAGCAGCAGCAGCAGCAGCAACAGCAACAGCAGCAGCAGUGCCAACGGCAACAACAACAGCAAUACAACAACUAGCAACAACAACAACAACAACAACACAGCAAUCACAUCACCCGGCACACCCGACAAUCGUACGGGCAAUGCCAGCAGCAACAUCGCCGGACUUGCCGCACUCAACGGCAAACAGGCGGUGCAUGCAGCUGCCUGUCAGAUUAAGGUAUUCAAGCUUAAAGGCGCCGAUCGCAAGCAUAAACAAGAUCGCGAAAAGAUCCAAAAGCGUCCACAGUCCGAGCAGGAGAAAUUCCAGCCAAGCUACGAGUGCACCAUUAUGAAUGAUAUAUCAUUGGAUUUGAUAACGCCAACCACUACAACUACCGGUUGCUACAGUCCCGAAUAUAUGAAAUUGUGGCCAAAUUCGCCAGUUCAUAUACCAAAAUAUGAUGGGAUGCUACCGUUUACAAGCAGCGCAUCACCAGGGACCAGCAGCAGUCCAAUUGCCAUCAAUUCAGUGACAUCAACAAAUUCGCCAACAUUGAAACUAAUGGAUACCACAAAUAUGGUAUCGCCGCCGCAUGUGCCAGCGGAUAUGGAUGAUUAUAAUCAGAACAUAAUGCCGGAAUCAACGCCCGCACAAGUGACACAAUGGCUGACCAAUCAUCGUCUGACGGCCUACCUCACCACAUUUGCCCACUUCUCCGGCGCUGAUAUUAUGCGCAUGUCGAAGGAGGAUCUAAUACAAAUUUGUGGUCUUGCCGAUGGCAUACGCAUGUAUAAUAUUCUGCGCGCCAAAACCAUUGCACCUCGUCUGACGCUCUAUGCCAGCAUGGAUGGAUGCAGCUACAAUGCCAUCUACUUGCUCUCCAACACGGCAAAGGAGUUGCAGCAGAAGCUCUUCAAGAUGCCUGGAUUUUAUGAGUUCAUGGCCAAGGGCGGCUCAGCUGGCGCAUUGGAGAAUGGCGGCUGUGUGACAGCUGCUGCUGCUGCUGCAGCACUCUACAACAAUUGGAGCAUGCAUUCAAAGUACUCAGGCAGCGGCUCGAACAUAUUCAACGAGGUCAACAAGAGUUGCGUAUUUAUUUCGGGACCCUCGGGCAUACUUGUUAGCGUUACCGAUGAGGUGCUCAACAAUGAGAUCAAGGAUGGCAGUCUCUAUGCUCUGGAUGUGCAGGCUGGCAAAGUUGUAUUGAAAUUGAUUAAUAAGCAGGAUAACAAUUGAAUGUUAUGAAACGAAACCAUCUUCUAGUUGUAGAAUUGCUUUUGUUGAAAUGCCUAAAGAUAGUGAAAAACAUAAAUGAAAAGUAUAGUUUUUAGCAUUUAUCAUUGAACUAACUAUCCAAUUUUACGAAUAACACACACGUAUUACAAUUACAAGCACAUCAGUUAUAUAUAUAUAGAUCUAUAUACUAUAUAUACACAUUUCUAUGUAAGUUUCAAUUUGUAUGAGAUUUCGCGCAGCAAUUUUGAACAAGUAAUAACAGAAAAACCCCCCCAUUAUUAAUGUUGUAGUAUACAAUAGUAUAAUUUCGAUAUCCCUUAAAUUUUUAGUUCUUCCCCAUUUGAUUAUAUAUUAUCAUUUAAUAGUUAUUUCAUUUUCCAUCUCCGAUUCGCUUUCAUUUUGAACUUUGUUUUUAUAUAAUGCUACAUGUUUUUAUAUAUCUAAGUUUUUAUCAUUUUAUUUUUUAACUUCACACACCUACGUAAAUAACAUUUGUUUAUUAUAUUAUAUUAUACCACAUAAAUAUAGCAAAAAGAUAUUUGUAUGAAGCAGUUGCAAAACAUUUGAAGUAGAAAAAUCCAAACAAAAAACUACAAAAUCACAAAAAAAAAAUAAUAAAAAUAUAAAAAAACUAUAUAUUUAGCAUAUGCAUAUUACAAAAAAAAAAAACCCAGCAACAAAUUAUAUUUACCACAUUUAAAGUACAGUGCCACGAUAAAUCGAACAUUUAACAACAAUUGUCGGAUGUCAGCUAACAACCAAACAACGUCUAUUGUUUUUACUUAUCCAGCUUAUACAUAGUAUGUGAUAGAAGCAAUAAAGUGUUAUCCAAGAGUGGACUGUCAAAAAAAGAAAAAA